CGUUACAAGCAAGCAAGAAGGCACGGAGAGAUACCAGUAGAGGAUCUGAACUCCCGCGCACAACCCUCCCUCAACACAACAUCACUGGUUUGACUUUGAUUGCCAGACAGAGAUAGAGAGAGAGAGAGAGAUCAGAACCAGAAUCAGUAUGAUAUGAGGGUGUUGGUGACCGGUGCUUCCGGUUACUUGGGCGGAAGGCUCUGCCACGCCCUCGUCAGGCAAGGCUAUUCCGUACGGGCCUUCGUCAGGUCAAGCAGCGAUCUGAGCUGCCUACCUCCGGCCGGCGAGUACGAGGGAGCUUUGGAGCUCGCUUACGGGGAUGUGACUGACUUCCGGUCCCUCCUGGCAGCCUGCUCCGGCUGCCACGUCAUCAUCCACUCCGCCGCCAUCGUCGAGCCCUGGCUUCCUGACCCUUCUAGAUUCUCCACGGUUAAUGUUGGAGGUUUGAAGAAUGUAUUGCAAGCAUACAAGGAGAGUGAGACGACCAUACAGAAGAUAAUAUACACAUCCUCGUUUUUUGCCGUGGGAUCAACCGACGGUUAUGUUGCAGACGAGACUCAGGUGCUGCUGCUGCUACUACUACUAGUGAUUCAUUCUGCCAAGUCAUUCUGUACAGAGUAUGAGAAAUCAAAGGCAGUUGCAGAUAAGAUCGCCUUAGAUGCCGCCUCAGAGGGGGUUCCUAUCGUGGUUGUCUAUCCCGGAGUUGUAUACGGUCCCGGCAAACUCACCACUGGAAAUAUAGUCGCACGUUUGAUUAUUGAACGUUUUAAUGGGCGGUUACCUGGUUAUAUAGGCUAUGGAAAUGAUAAGUUUUCUUUUAGUCAUGUUGAUGAUGUAGUAGAAGGGCACCUUGCAGCUUUGAACAAAGGUCGACCAGGCGAAAGAUAUCUUCUAACAGGUGAAAAUGCAUCGUUCAUGCAUGUUUUUGAUAUAGCUGCAGCCAUCACUGAAACGAAGAGGCCUUGGUUUAACAUUCCGUUAUCUGUCAUUGAGGUUUAUGGAUGGAUAUCACUUUUUUUCUCUAAAAUAACAGGAAAGCUUCCCCUGAUCAGCCCCCCGACAGUGUAUGUUCUUGGACAUCAGUGGGCUUACUCUUGUGAGAAGGCCAAGGCAGAGUUGGGGUAUAACCCUAGAAGCUUGCAAGAAGGUCUAGCAGAGGUACUACCCUGGUUGAAGAGCUUGGGCUUGAUAAAAUACUAGAUUGAUGAUAUUUGGCUUGUGAUGUGGGUGUACAUACUAAUAUUGCUGUAUAUUAGCAGCCUAUCAUGAUAUGAGUGCAUUUAUGUUGAUGGGAAGAGGUAUAGCCAUUGUGAAAUUUGCUUCAUUUGCCUUGAGCUUGCCAUAAACUGUCACUCACUGUCUGAUGUUUCAAAUUCAAGAAAAAUCAUAUUUUGGGAUAAAUGUACCUGAUUUGUUAUGCGCAAA